UCUGGCCACUUAGAAGAACCCAUUGGGUUAACAGAGAAUAUUACUCUUCACAGUACUUGUUCAGUCUGUCAGGAUGAAGAUGAGAGAGAGGAAUGAGGCAGAUCUUUCUGGACUGAGCUCAGAUAUGACAACCAAAACUCUCAAUGCAGGUUAGAAUAUAGAUGUUUCUGGAAAUUCUGUAUUUCGUCCUGCCCUUACAACAAAGUCAACACCUGACAGUGUGACACAAUGACAAUGACAGUGGGAAUAUAUAAGACAUUGUUCAGAGAAAUGUUUUACUUGAUCCAGAAUACAACAUUUUCACAGAAGAUUUUUCAAAAGGAAGCUUUAAUCGCAUACUCACUUGCUGCUUCAUCUGUGUAUUUGCUGUGCUGAUAAAAAAUGUGUCUUUGCAGGUCACAGUACAGGCUGUUAUUGGUGGUUCUGUUGUUCUGCCGUGUUCUUCAGCUGAACUUCUUAAACUUCAAGACAUUGAUGUGAGCUGGAGACAUAAUGACAGCAAGAUUGUAUGUGACAUAAUUCCAUGCAGCACUUCACCAGUGACACAGGACCCAGAGAACAAGAACAGAGUUGAAACUUUCUCUCAGGAGUAUCUGAAAGGAAAUUUCUCCAUCAAACUCAACAAUCUUAUACACACUGAUGCAGGACAAUACAUCUGCUACAUCAAAAACUCAAAUGAACUUCAGACUGUAAAGCUGAUCAUUAAUGGUAUUUGAAACUAUUUGAUUAGUGCAUAAACUUUUUUAAUUUAAAGUUGUUUGUGUUGUAAACUCAGAAGCGAAGACCAGGAGACUCUUGGGUAUCUUCAGCAGAGUUCUUUAUUGAGAACGUGCUGCGUGGCGCUGCAGUCAUCAAAAGUCUAAUUAAGGCAGUGAUACAUUGUAGUUUAUAUACAUUUAGGGGGCAGUGCUUAGAUCUGGAGACAAAGCACCUGGGUGACAACCCCAAACAAAGCAUGCAAAUGAAGUAUUCAGGUAUAGCAAACUGCCACAUUUCACCAGUCCUAAACUAAUCAGCAUAACUACUCGAAGACUGGGGCAAAAGCACCAAGAGCCAUUACAAACAAAAGGAUCAAUAUCCACUGGACAGGAGAGACUGCUGCCAUCGCUGCAUUUGCUCUGGGUUUGCAUUAUACUACCUGGCUUAUUUAUAGUGGUUCUACUUUCAUUGUAGUUUUCAGAAGAGAAAGGUGCUUAAUUGGCCACGUGGCAGUUGAAAACAGGGUGGGUUCGGCCACUCAUGAGGUUGUGAGCCUUUUUACUCAGUAUGAACCAGUAAUGCUAAUGUGAAUUAGCCAGUAAUGAACCAUGUGAAUGCUAAUCAGUGUAAGAUGUGUCAUACUGCACUAACUUCUAAUUUGUAAAGUUUGGUAUGAACCUGACUUAUACUUUGGCUGAUACUGUGUUCUUUAAUAAAAAAAAAACAAUUUAAAAAAAUGUCAGAGUCAGAGACUGAGUUUGGUGCUUUCAUUGUGGCUGAAGCAGCUUCAUAUAGAAUAUUAAAUAAAAAGAUUAAUGAGUAAAGGAUUUGUUUGAAAAACAGAAAACAGUUAGAAUCAGUGAAUGUGUGUGUUUCUGUGUUUUCCUUGUGCACACUAUAAGGCUACCUAGCAAUCUAUAGUGAUGUGCUACAUCAGGGGUGCCCAACCAGUCGAUCGCGGUCGACCAGUCGAUCGCAGACUGCUUUCCAGUCGAUCGCGAGAGUAAAUUUCCCUCUGGUUUGCCCUUUCUCUUUCUUCACUGUUCCCACGCCUCAGACCUCAAAUACAUAAAAUAUUAACCUUUAUAGACAUAGUAUUUCUUGAGUAAAGAAACGCUGUACUUAUUUUAAAAAACAGUUCUUUAUUUACCCUUACAAGAUCACUGAUUACAUUCAGCUCUGCGCUGAAAAUUGAAACCGACGGAAUUAGUGGCUGAAUUUGAAAUCGCAUACUAACAUACUACUCAUACUAUUUCAUAUAAAUAUAUGGCAGAAAUAGCAAGAGUAGUAUGCUAGUACGCUAAUCUGAAUUCAGCCAGGGUUUUAGCUAGGCACGUUACGUUAUUAGUAGGGACUCACUGUUUAAGUGGAGAAGUUGAGAGAGCUGUGACUUCAGCAAAGUAAAACGCAACUAUGGCAGAAGCCAAAAAAACGAAAACAUAUCAUUUUCAUUCAGACUGGGAAGAGGAUUAUUUUUUUGUUUAUUCAAAUUUGAAGUCCAUCUGUUUUAUUUGCAAUGCGAGUGUGGCCUUACCGAAGAAGGGCAAUUUGGAGCGCCAUUUCAAAACUGUGCACAAAAGCUACGAUGCAGAUUUCCCGGCUAAAUCAGCUCUACGCACCCGAAAAGUCCAGGAAUUGAAGAGGCAGUUAGCAGCACAGCAGUCCAUUUUCACCAGGCCAAACACAAAGGGUAAGGCUGCAACUAUAGCAUCUUAUCGCGUCAGUCACGUUCUUGCAAAACACAAGAAGUCUUUCAAGAAUGGCGAAGUUGUGAAAGAAGCAUUUGUCGAGGCUGCAGGCGCACUAUUUGGUGACUUUAAGAAUAAAAGUGAUAUCAUAGCUGCCGUUAAGGACGUGCAAUUAUUCCGUGGCACUGUUACACGGCGAUGUGAGGGAAUGGCAGAGGAUGUCGAGGCGCAGUUAAGGAAGGAUAUUGAACAGUGUGAAUGUUUUUCUCUUCAAUUUGAUGAGUCGACUGAUGUUGUGGAUGUGGCACAGCUGUGUGUUUUCAUUAGAAUGGUUUUUGGAGACAUGGGUGCAAAAGAAGAGCUGCUCACCAUUUUGCCAUUGAAAGGACACACUAGAGGUGAAGAUAUUUUCCAAGCUUUCAUGGAAUUUGUCAACAAGACCCAAUUGCCCCUCUUUAAACUCAUCUCUAUCACAACGGAUGGUGCUCCAGCAAUGGUGGGCCGUACUAAUGGGUUCAUUGCAUUGUGCAAACAGAGUGAAUAUUUCCCAGACUUCCUUAAUUACCACUGUAUAAUCCACCAGCAGGCAUUGUGUGGUAAGAUUUUAAACAUGCAAGAAGUGAUGGAUGUUGCAAUGAAGAUUGUGUGUUCCGUUCGGGCCAGGAGUCUACAGAGAAGAUUGUUCCGUGCUCAUUUGGAGGAAACCGGUGCAGAACACACAGACCUGCUGCUGCACACGGAUGUUAGAUGGCUGAGUAGAGGUAAAUUUUUAGCGAGAUUCUGGGAGUUGCUGCCUGACAUCAAAGAUUUCCUGAAACUUUCAAAACAUGCAGAAUACACUCAGCUAGAGGACCACCAGUGGCUAUUGGAUUUAGCAUUCCUGACCGAUCUCACUGACCUGCUGAAUGAUUUUAAUUUAGAGCUGCAGGGUAAAGACAAACAUGUAAUCAACAUGAUCAGUUCAGUGAACACAUUUAAAAGCAAGCUACAACUGCUUUCAAGUAGGCUGCAACACUGUGACCUGCGGAACUUUCCUCACAUGCAGGCAGAACUUCGGAGUCAGAGCAAAGACUUUGACAGUUCUGGAACUUACUGCCUGAACAAAAGUAUCACAACCUCAGAAUAUGUGCUUUCAACUUGACAGCACUUUUCGGAUCAACCUACCUGUGUGAGUGUGCUUACUCGCACAUGAAAAUCAUCAAGUCAAAGUACAGAUCUACAAUGACUGAUGACCACCUUGUGGCCUGCUUAAGGCUUGCAACCAGCUCCUACUGCCCUGACUACGAGAAACUAGCUGCCUCCUCCCAGUGCCAGAGUUCCCACUAAGGUAGAGAAAUAACUUUAUUGUCACUACAAUUAGACUGUGUUUUAUUAUAUAUGGAUUAGGGCUACUUUUCUGUUUGUUUUGUGCACAUUAAAUAUGUAAAUACGCUAUGAGUAGCAACUGCCUUUCUGUUUGGACUGGUAGAUCUCAGCACACUGACAAAUUUAAAAGUAGAUCUUUGUUCAAAAAAGGUUGGGCACCCCUGUUCUACAUGGUUGUUUUCGGAAUAGCAGACAAAUUCAAGCCGAUUCCACCCUCACGCUAUUUUCACACAACAGAUUGGCAGAUCUUUUGGGAUGCAGCAGGCACAGACAUUGAGGAAUACACAAACAUCAUCCCAAAAAUCUGCAUUAAAACUUUUCCAAACCAGAAACCCUGGUUGAGUGCUGAUGUCAGGGCUAAACUUAAAGCACGUACUUCAGCCUACAACUCUGGUGACACUGAGGCAUACAGAAAGAACAGAUAAGAUCUUCAGAGAGCUUUUAGGACUGCAAAAAGAGUCUAUAGCAGGGGUGCCCAAACUUGGUUCUGGAUGGCUGGUCUCCUGCAGAAUUUAGCUCCAACCCCAAUUAAACACACCUGAACCAGCUAAUCAAGCUCUUACUAGACAUACUAGAAACUUUCCAGCGGGUGUGUUGAGGCAAAGCCACUAGAUGGCAAGAUUAGCCAAAAAAGCGUAAGAGAGACCAGAGGCUGAGGCUUCACUACACUGAAUAAACAGCUUUUUAGAGGAAAUGGCUUAUCAUUUAAUGAAUCGACAGCCUAUCUGCUAAUCUUCAGCAUGUUUUACACUAAAAAAUAAUUUUGGAUUGAACUAUUUUUAUAGUUUACCAUGAAAAAAAAUGCAGUUUUAUAAGAGAAGUCACUGACUUUUUGUGACAGGUGGGAUUCAGCUUACGGCACUUCUCAUUCAUUCCUACGGUAUCCGUAAACUAUGGUAUCUGAAGUUCAAUGACGUCAAGGCUUUAAUGUGAUUGGUAAUUAAGGGACACGUAAUCCAAGUUAGCUGUUACGCUUUCUCCAGUAGUAAGUAAAACAGACCCUCUCAUCUCCCUAUAGUAAGAAAAACUCUGGUUGAGGCAAGCUGGAGCUGAACCAGUCCUCCAGGACCAAGUUUGGGCACUCCUGGUCUAUAGUGACAAGAUAGUGGAAAACUUUCAGGGAUCUAAUCCUAGAUGCUUGUGGAAUGGCUUACACUCAAUCAUGGACUACAGAGGAAAAAAGGAUAGAACAACCUACAACAUGAAUCUGUUUGCCUCUUUGCCGGAUGAGUUGAAUGCCUUCUAAGCACGGUUUAAGGAGAACAAUUCCUUCUCUGCAGUAAAACUGCCAGCAGAUAAUUACAGCUGUUCUCUUACUUUCUCCAUGCCUGAUGUGUCCAGAUCAUUUAGAGCAGUCAACCCAUGCAAAGCACCUGGUCCCGAUGGUGUUCAUGGCCAUGGUCUCAGAUCGUGCACCACCUAGCUAGCAGAAGUGUUUACAGAUCUUCAAUCUAUCUCUUAGACUGUCUGUGAUUCCCACCUGUUUUAAGAAAACCACCGUCGUCCUUAAGAAGCCUGUUGUUACCUCCGUAAAUUAGUACCGGCCUGUAGCAUUGACCUAUCGUAUCAAAAAUGGUUUUGAACACCUCAUUAAAGACCACAUCUGUUCUUUCUUGCCAGACACUAUGGACCCUCUCCAGUUUGCAUAUAGGAAAAACAGAUCGACUGAUGACAUCAUUGCUCUAACCCAGGGUUGUCCAAUCCUGCCCCUGGAGGGCCACUGUUCUGUACCCAAUUAAACACACUUGAACCAGCCAAUCAAGGUUUUAUUUGGCAUACUAGAAACUUCCAGGAAGGUGGGUUGAGGCAAGUUGGAACUAAACUGUGCAGGACAGUGGCCCACCAGGACCGAGUUUGGACACCCUUGCACAAUGCAGAGUCUCAUUACAAAUGGAGAUGAGGCAGCCUACAGUGAUGAGGUGAGAAAACUAUCACAGUUGUGCAUGAUAACAACCUCUGCCUCAACGUCAGCAAAAUCAAAGAGAUGAUUGUGAACUACAGGAAGAUAGGAAAGGUCAGCCAUGCUCCUUUAUACAUCAACAGAUCUGCAGUAAAAGAGUCAAGAGCAUUAAGUUCCUAGGUGUGCACCUUUCUGAUAAUCUAUCUGUCUCUGCACACCACAUCAUACACAUGCCGAAGGAAGCUUAAGAGCUUUGGUCUCCCUCCCAAAAUCCCUACCAACUUCUACAGAUGCACCACUGAAAGCAUCCUGACAGGGUGCUUUACAGUUUGGUAUGGCAGCUGCUCACUCCUCGACCAGAAGGCCCUUCAAAGAGUUGUGAAAACAGCUGAAGUCAUUAUCAGCAACUCCCUACCCUACAGGACAUCUUCCAUCUGUGAUAUCUGAGGAAGGCUUGCAAAAUUACUUCUAAUCCCAGCCACCCAGCACACAGUUUAACAAACUAGUAGCCUCAGGCAGGUGAUAUCUGACUCAACCUGGUUUCUCCCAAGGCUUUUCCCUCCAUUUCUGUCACUGAGUUUUGGUUCUUUGCAACUGUCACCUCUGGCUUG